AGAAAUAACCUUGACAAACGGGGUUCUUCUUCAUUAGAUGAAUAAAUCGUAAUAGGAAUGCUUGUGUUUAACUGGAUCAGUAGAUUUGUAAAACUACACAAAACGAAGUAAAAUUUCUGGAUACCUUUGGUCUUUAAACUAUUAGUAUGCCUUCUAAUACAAAAGAAGUGUCUUCGGUACUUAACGUGGUUGAGCGACUUCGUGUUCGAAUGAAAAAUGAAUCUGAUGGAUUUAAUGGAGUGGAUGAUCUCGACCAAAUAUUUCGAAACAACCAGAUGCAAGCUCUUAUAAGGAUGCAUGAAGUAAUUCAGCCGCAUGGUCGAACUUCAGUUCAUAAUGAUUCGCUUGAUUUAAUUGAUCAGAUCCAUAAACUUCAUGUAUCUCACCCAAGCAAUGAUGUUCUCGGUUCCCUUUCGAAAAUGUUGGAGACAUCACCUUAUUUGUUAUCUCUUUUAUCUUGUCAUGAUAAAGUAGCUAAUAAGGAAUAUGAUGAACCAAGAUUAACUGAGAUUGUUGAUGAUAAUUAUGAUGAAGUGAAAUCAAGUGAAGAAUCCAUGAAAGUUGUUCGACUCGUCAAAAGUGAUGAACCGUUGGGUGCUACCAUCGCAACAGAUGAUAUAUCAGGUAAUAUUGUUGUUGCAAGAAUAUUAAAAGGAGGAGCUGCUGAUAGGAGUGGGUUAAUUCAUGUGAAUGAUAUCAUCGUUGAGGUGAAUGGUGUAUCAGCCCAAGGUAAAAAACCAGAAGAAUUAAUUCAACUUCUUGCUGGCUUUUCUGGGCCCCUCACAUUCAAAUUGAUACCGGGGGAAAUAUCAGCUCAACCAAGAGCAGAAGAGAUGUUUUUACGACCCCGUUUCACUUUUCUACCUAAAUCUGAUUCAUUGAUUCCAUGUAAGGAAGCUGGCCUUGCAUUUUACCCGGGAGAUAUCUUACGUGUUGUGUCUAAGGAUGAUGGUUCAUGGUGGCAAGCUACCAAGAUUUGUUCAAGUAAUUUUGAAUCCUCCAAUCAGAGCAUUGGACGUGCUGGACUUAUUCCGAGUAUAAAACUCCAAACCAGGAGAGAAAAAUUAAAAAAACAAAGUAACUGUAAGAACACACCAUCUCCAUCUAUCAAAGGAAGCAAUCUGAGUUUAAUGAGCAAUGACAGGAAGACAGCAUGGUCUGUGAUCCGUGCUAGUUUUCGAAGAAAGAGGAAUUCCCCGCAUCCAGUUACAGGACCCACACCUCCAAAUAAAUCGGAAGGAAGUAAGUUUGAGCCGCCAUCUUUCCCCCCUUAUGAGGUGGUUUCCCAGCUUUUACCCCGCCAAAGCGGGAUAAAUCCCCAACCCUCAAUUUAUCGCCCCAUUAUCCUGGUGGGGCCACAGGGGGUUGGGAGAAACGAAUUGAAAGAUCGACUGAUUGAUUCAAACCCCACCCAUUAUGGAGUACCUGUACCACACACAUCGCGUGGUAAACAGAUGUCCGAGGUGGAUGGCAGAGAUUAUCACUUCGUUACACGCGAGUAUAUGGAAACAGGAAUCAGAGAUAAUUUGUUUCUUGAGUAUGGUGAAUAUAAAGGUAACUUGUAUGGAACAAGUUUAUCAGCAGUUCGAAGUGUCAUUCAAAACCAUCAAGUCUGUGUUCUCACUCCUUACCCACAAGCACUGAGUGUGCUUCGAACAAAGGAAUUGAAACCUUUUAUCAUCUUCAUUCAACCUCCACCAUUGGAUCAGAUGGAUUUGAAUAUUCCUGGUGAUUUGGCUUCCAAUGUGAGAGCAAAACUUACAAUUGAUCGCAAUAGAAGUUUGCCUUUUUCUAAAGAGGAAUUGGCUGAUUUAGUUCGAAGAGGAGACAAAAUGAAGGAACAUUAUGGUCGUCUCUUUGAUGCUAAGAUAAUAAACGAAAACAUCGAUGUUGCAUUCGAACAACUCAAAGAAAUGUCUUUCUUUCUUGAAAAUGACCCUCAGUGGGUCCCAGCUGAAUGGCUUCUAUAAACAGAAUUUUAUUGAUUUGAUUUAUUUAAAAGACUAAUUUUAUAAUACUUUUUAAAACUGUCUGUAACUAAUACAGAAAUAAGAAAACAGAUUAUCUGAUUGACCGAAUUUACUUUCUUUCUAACAAUUAAUGUCAAAUUCAAAUUGUAAUUAUUUCUUCCAUAUUUACCAAUCGUUGUGAAAAUUAUGCUUCCAAACGUAUCUUACUGUUACGUCAUAAAUCAGUUUCAUUGUCUGUAUUCAGUCGUGAAUGUUUUAGUUUUUAUUUCGUUUUUUAUCGUUUUAGCUUCUUUCAUAAGCACCAUUAUUGCGUCAUGAUUCACUUAUAAACGACCAAAAGCGAUAUUUUAUUUGUAAAAAGUUUUUUUUCACGGUUUUGUGCCUUUUUUUUCACAUGUAUAUCAACAUACAAGCUAUUUCAAUACACAUGGUACUCGCCGUUGAAAGGACAAAGAAAGUAUUUGUUCAUUGCGGCUUUUCCUGUAUUAAUUUAAACUGAUGUGUUAGUUUGGUACAUUUGUACUUGGUGCUUCGUAGGAGCUUUAAAUAAACAUACUACGUUACUCUU